AUGCUUGCUCCUCCCGGCACCGCCCUGCCCAAGUUGAAGAGAUGUCUCGGCGAACUCCUUCGCACCUGCGUGCACCCACCCGCACUGCUCCUCCGGGUCGAACACGUAUUGGGGAAAGCGCCUGCGGGUAGCCAUAGAAACGAAGUCGAUCGUGACGACGGCGACGAAGAACGAGAACGAGAACACGACCAAGACCAAAUUCCUAUCGCCUCUGGCGAUGACCACGGCAACGAACCUACCCAACAAAGGUCCGAUACGUGGUACUCUCGCUUCGUGGUCUCGGAUGGCCACCUCCAAGUCCAAGCCGUCCUAGCCCCCGUCCUCCUCUUUGGGAGGAAGCAACUCUGGGAACUACAACGAGGAGACCUUGUCGAAGUGCACAAGUUCCAGCUGAGGAGUGCGCCUCGACUGAACGGAAACGGUCGAGUGGUAUACUUGGGGAUACAAGACUGCGAAUGGGUUGGCCGGGACAGGGACAUCGCAGAAGAAUCCAAGGACGGACUGGAACUCGAAGGUGGUUUUCUCCGCGAGGAGCAGGACGAGAUGUCUCACAGACAACCGAAUGGCCCCAGGGCAGGCUUAACCUCUGCUUCAGACAGAGGCGCGUCCAAGAGGAGAGGCGGUAGUGGUCGCGACAACAGAACACAUACGUCCAAGAACACACAGAGCAGCAAACCAUCGUCGUCUAGACUCGCCCAGAAGGUAUCUCGCGACGCAGCAGAGGAUGAUUCAGAUGACGGCCAGGGGUUCGACACGAUCUUCGUACCCCAGUCCCGGCUUGAGCAGCGCAGGGAAGCUCUACGCCAGCUCCAGCAACAGCCAUCCAUGGCGGAGACUACUGUGAGCCGAAUGCAGCCACAAGGAGAAUACAACCAAGAAAUGACACACGCUGGUUUUCACGGAACAUCACUUCAGUCCACGACAAAUCACUCGCUUCGAGAUACCACAGAUGAUGUUGGGAAAGAAGCUAUCGACGAAGCUACCGCAGCCCAUGGUCACAGCUCCGUCGCCUUUCCCCUUCCCCAUCCAACCGACCUUUUGGGCUCAACUACUGACCCCGCUCCGUCGCCUCCUCGAGAGGACUCUAGUAUCCGCGCAACCAAUACGACGUCGAUGCCUUUGACCGAGAGCCUCGCUUCACUCCUCGCCCUGCCUAUCCAGAAAAGUUACUCCUGCAGCGUUCUCGCCCUGAUAUCCUGGGUAUCUCCCUCCUUGAUCCACCGUCCGAACACGCCCUUCCCUCCGAAGCGGCACAUCAAGAUCCACGACCCGUCCAUAUCGCACCGCACGUCUGGUGUCACGGUGUCCGUGUUCAUUGACGCUCAGAAGUUCCUCCCAGCUGUUGGCACCGUGGCGCUAUUUCGGGGGUUAGUCAUGAACAGAGUUCGACGGGGCGCUGGAGUGGGAGAAGGCGACGUCAUUUUGAACAAAUACCCUCCUAAGAUGGGGAGCCAGAAAAUAGAGAACGAGGGUGCAGACCCUGUUGGUGACAGGGAAGAAGGCGAAGGUCAAGGAGAGUGGUUCAUUGCUGACGAGGCCAGACUGGUUGGCAUGGGCUUCGACGUCCCGCGAAUCAAAAUAUGGUGGGAGCAGAGACUUGCCGCAAGGAAGGGUAAAUGA